ACUGUUCACAUAUCGGCUAUCCAUCUCUGUCUGCCCUAUUUCCACACCAAAAAUCAGAGAAUGAUGUUGCUCAGGAUUUUUAAUCAUGUAUACAGAAGAGAAUUUGCUUCUGUAUGGAGAAGUGAAAGUGAACAUGCUGCUAAAAGGCUUGAUAUUGCUGGGAUUUAUCCUCCUAUUGCCACUCCAUUUACACAGAAAGGAAAUGUGGAUUAUCAAAGUCUGGACAAAAAUCUACAAAGGUAUGGCAGUAUGCCUUUUAGAGGUCUUGUGGUGCAAGGUUCUAAUGGAGAGUAUCCAUAUCUGACAACCGAAGAGCGUGUAGAUGUUGUAAGAAGAGUUAGAAAAUCUCUACCUACAUCAAAGCUAGUGAUGGCUGGAUCUGGCUGUGAAUCUACAAGAGCUACAAUCCAUAUGAGUGAGAGAAUGGCUAGUGCAGGUGCUGACUGUGUGUUGGUAGUGACACCUUGUUUUUAUCUUGGAAGAAUGAAUAGCAGUGCUCUCAUUCACCACUAUACACAGGUAGCAGAUUCCAGUCCGGUACCCAUUGUUCUGUAUAGUGUGCCAGCGAACACCUUUCUGGACCUGCCUGUGGAUGCAGUGGUGAAGUUAUCUCAGCAUCCAAAUAUAGUUGGCAUCAAAGAUAGUGGUGGAGAUAUUACAAGAAUAAGUCUGAUUGUAUACAAAACCAGAUCACAUGAUUUCCAGGUGUUGGCAGGAUCAGCUGGGUUCCUCAUGGCUGCAUAUUCAGUAGGUGCUGUCGGGGGUGUGUGUGCCUUAGCAAAUGUUUUGGGUCAGCAGGUGUGUGAGCUAGCACAGUUGUGUACAUCAGGACAAUGGGACAAAGCCAGGGAACUCCAAUACCGUCUCAUUGAACCAAACACAGCGGUCACAAGGAAGUUUGGCAUACCUGCUCUAAAGCAAGCAAUGGAGUGGUUUGGAUACCAGGGUGGUGUAUGCCGCUCCCCUCUGCAGCCUUUAUCCAAGGUGGAGUUAGAAAAUCUUCAAGCUGACUUCGCCAUAAAUGGGUGGCUGUAGAUGAACUAGAUUAGUGUACACCAAUUAUACAUAAUUUGUAUUAAUUGUGAGAUCAUCCAGAUUAUUGUAACAUGUAAUGUUCAGCAAAACAGAGAAAGAAAAGAAAUUGCAAAUGCAACACACUCCCUCAACUGCAUUGCUGGUCCCAGACAAUAAAUUGUAAUGCUGAAAGUUUAAUUAAUUAAUAUAGUUUUAAAUUAUAUCUGACACUAUUGGAAUAAUGUAGAAAGCAGGUUUGGAACAAUCAAAUUUCUGUUGCUCAGGCUCACAGAAGGAGAGUGGCACACAGGAGUAGCAGAUUAAAUAGGUACAUCUGAUAAAUAUCGACAAUGUUAUAUUAAUGAGUUUUUCUCUUGUUAGUAGGCUGAGCAUGCUUGUGUAAAUAAAGCAGCAAAAUACUACUCGGAAUCCUGCUGAAGUCACAACUGCUGUCAUUUAUCAACAACAUUAUUCUAAGAUAUCCAACAAUACAAAUGAGGUAUAAGCAUAACACUUGCAUUACUUACUUAAGAUUGCAAUAAUUUGAAAUACUUGCUAAGACACAUGAUAGUGUAGACUCAUGAUAGAUUAGGACUUAAUCAAACUGUUUCAUAAUAGUCCAAAAGUACCAAUGUCUUCAACAAUCUUAAAGAUAAAAUAUGCAGACGAUGAAUAAAUAAACUGAAAUGAAAUGUAACUGCAUUAAAUCUAAUUUAAUAUGUUUA